AUGGCCACCGCAUCCCUGCUUGCUGCAGCGGCCAUUGCCCUAGCCGCCUACGCUACCUAUCUCGCCGUUGCACGCCUGCUGCUCAGCCCGCUGGCCCGUUUUCCCGGCCCCAGACUCGCAGCGCUGACCAACUGGUACGAGUUCUACUACGAUGUCAUCCUGCAGGGCCGCUUCACGGCGCACAUCCAGGCGCUGCAUCGUCGAUACGGCCCAGUUGUGCGCAUCACACCCACCGAGCUGCACGUCGACGAUCCAGACUUCUUCGACGUCUUGUAUGCCCGUGAUGGCCGCAGGCACAAGUACGCCUACUUUUCGGGCCGCUUCGGCUAUGCAAGUGACAGCUUCUCGACCAUCCAUCAUGAGCUGCACCAGCAGCGGCGCAAGUCCCUGAGCCCGUUCUUUUCCGCCAAGCGAAUCAAGCAGUUCGAGCCCGUCAUCAGGGUCAAGGUCGGCAAGCUUUGCUCGACCCUGUCUCGAUAUGUUGACGACGGCCGAGUGCUGCCGCUGAGUCGCGCCUGGAUGGCUUUGACCACCGAUGUCAUCACCGAGUAUGCAUUUGCCAAAUCUUACGAUCAAUUGGACUCGCCGGACUUCCAAGAAACCCUGCAUGAUGCCCUCGUGGCCAUCUACACCACCGGCCAUUUUGCGCUCCAUUUUCCCAUUGUAUUUCCCAUCUUAGACUCGCUGCCGGACUGGCUGGUGACGAAGAUGGAGCCACGUCUUUUGCCAGUGGUGGGUCUUCGGAAGGAUCUCGGUCGCAGGGUUGGAGAAAUUCGAACGGGUCUGAAUGAACUCCACAAGCAUGCAGACCAUCCGACCAUCUUCCACGAACUAUUGCAUAGUGAUCUCCCAGACGAGGAGAAGACUGACGCGCGCCUAGGCGACGAGGCACAGCUGAUAGUAGCUGCCGGCUUGAUCACUACAUCAUGGGCAUUGAGUGUUGCUAGCUUUCACAUCAUUAACAACCCUGCUGUAGCGGCGAUAUUGAGACGCGAAUUACUCUCGUCAACGUCUGCUAUCGAAAAAGCCGACUUGCAUGAAUUGGAAAAGCUCCCGUAUCUUCAUGGCUGUGUGAAAGAGGGUAUUCGACUAGCUCACGGAAUCGUGACCAGAAACCCCCGUCUAGCCCCCGACGUGGACCUCCAAUAUGGCGAGUGGGUUAUCCCACGCAACACACCUAUCUCAAUGACGAACGUCGAUGUCCUCAUGAACGAAACCAUCUACCCGGAUCCGGCGGAAUUCAUGCCUGAACGAUGGAUAGACAAUCCUCAGCUGGAUCGUUAUUUCGUCCCCUUUGGCAAGGGGUCACGGAUGUGUUUGGGCGUCAAUCUUGCCCUCGCUGAGCUGUAUGUGACGAUUGCCACUGUGUUCAGUCGCUUCGACUUUGAGCUGUAUAACACAGAUUUGUCAGACGUGCAAAUGAAGCAUGCUUAUCUCGUGCCUUACACCAAAUGGGAAUCCAAGGGUGUGCGAGUGAAGGUUAAACUGCCUGAGCAUAAGAAUUAA